CACGAGUUUCACCUUGUUGCCAGUCACACACGUAAACAGCAGCUCUUCCGAGCAUGAACAUGCCGAAGUUCUGUUCGGCCCCGAACUGCAGGAACAGCUCCAGCAGUAGCAGCAGCGACAGGAGAAGUUUUUACAAGUUCCCGCUCCAGGACCAGGCCCGGCUCCAGCAGUGGCUCAGAAACAUGGGUCGGGAAGACUGGACCCCGUCCCGGCACCAGUACAUCUGUCAUGAGCAUUUCAUUCCGUCCUGCUUCAAAGUUCGCUGGGGGGUCCGGUACCUGGAGAGCAACGCGGUGCCCACGCUCUUCCACUGGAACCAGAAGCGGAAAGCUUCGGCUGAGGACGAGAGCAAUCCCAAACGUCUCCACCUGUCUCCCGGCGUGUCGGAGUGUGACAGAGCAGAGAAUCACUCGCUUGUUUAUGAAGUCGCUGUGGAAACGUCACAUCAAACCGAAGCUGCCCCGGACUCAUCUGCCUCCUGUGACCAGACCAGAUUGUCCAGACAGGGAGGGUCCAACUGUGUGAGUCCGCAGCUGACCCCGGGGGACGGCACGGCCGUCGGGACGCUCCUCUGCGUGGAUGAACUGUCGGCUCAGGACGAUCUGGUCCUCGCGUACGUGGAGACAAUACCGAGCGUCCUUCCCUGUGAGGCGUCGCUACUGUUCCCCUACUCACCAGACGUGGUGCUGUGCUCCGCUCUGAGCCCAGAACCCAUCUCGUCCACGCUGCCCAUCGUGUCCAAACAUCAGCAGGCGAAGGUUCCAGAGGAGGACAAGCGGCCAGAGGAGCCAGAGCUGAAUCCUCUGCUGGAGGAGCACUGCUACCACAAGCUGAGUCUGGAGCCGCGGGAGUCGGCGGUGCUGCAGCUGCAGAGGAAGGUGAAGCUGCUGCAGCGGCGACAUCGGCGCCACGUCACCAAGCUGCUGCGCCUGGAGACCACACUGAACCAGCUGAUGGAGCGGGCGUACGGACGGAGCAGCGCUGGAGCGCCGGACUGCAGCGAGACGGUGACCAUUGUUUACCAGGGCGACGCAGCGCCGUACUUGUUGGCUCCUCUGAUGGACACAGACCAAGUCACAAACUGAAACUUACCGUCCGUGAACUGAUCCAAGUAUCAACUCUGACGACAUCACUCCGAGGAAACUCACUAUCUGGUCCCAACAGAUUUAAUCCCCCUCACACUUCCUCACACAUCAUCCACAUCAGAUUAGACUUGAUCAAAUCUACGGCAAACUGUGCCAAUCCAAGACGUCCUGAGGCCAAACUGGGGAGCACUGGAUGAGCACAACCUCACCUUUCCAAUGAAAUUGUGAUCAUUAACUACUUAACUUAAGGAUGUAUCAAGUCAACAGAUAAAAAUUUGAGAAAAGAAGGGAUGUUCUUUCAAAAAUUUAGAAGUUCAGUUCAGAGUGGUUUUGUGACAUGUAUGUGAAGAAUGUAACAUUAGCUUCAGUAUUAAGAUAACAAUUCCAUUAUAUUUGCUUCAUGACUUGGGUGAGAAAUAUGUUUCUCCAAGUAGUUGCAAUUGAAAUGUGAAAACAGUUUUUUUUUUUUUGGAAGAGAGAUUUAAAUGUAAU